CCCCAGUAAAGAAAGCCAAUGAGGAUUUGAUUGUGUGUUAAGAGAUAUGAGAGAAACCUUUUGAUGGGAACCUGUUGGAAGAAGGAAGUAAAUUUUCAGUUUCACUGCUGAAGAAAAGCUUGAAGAUGAGGCAUUUUACUGUUAGUGAGGACUUUUGUCAGCAGUCAAUGAAAUCUCCAUUCCAUCUCAUUCUCCAGCUCUUGAUGUUUCUCAUCUGUGCACAAGAGUCAGAGUCUUCACAGAGGAUAAAGCAUAACAAUAAUGAGACAGCUGUACUGGGAAGGAAUGUAACUAUCUUCUGCAAUUUGACAACUCUGGAAGACGUUGUGCAAAUUACCUGGCAGAAGAUCCAAGGCUCUUUGCCACAAAAUAUUGGCACUUACAGCAGUAAAUAUGGGGAAAAAAUUCUCCCACCCUUUGGAGACAGGCUGCACUGCAAGAUUAUCGAACCCAGUUCAUCUUUCAUAACUAUCCAGGAAGUGACAUUUGAAGAUGAAGGCUGCUACAAGUGUCUAUUUAACACAUUUCCACAUGGCAGCCAUGGAGGACAAAUCUGCCUGAAUAUUUUAACUGUAUCUGAAUUAACAACAGAACUCCAAUACAAUCCUGAUUCAGAAGAUAAUUUUAGUCUUAAGUAUUCAGCUGCAGGAAAACCUGCUCCUGAAAUCUCCCUUUACCCUUCAUUAGUCCUAAUGUAUCCACCGAAAGAACACCUUGCUCAGAACCCAAAUGGCACAGUAACUGUCACUAAAAUAGUUACCAUCUCUUUGAAGACUGUGAAGUCCUUGGGACUCCAACACCUGGUUGUGUUCAUGGCUCACCCCCUAAGAUCUGAAGAGAAGAUUGUUCCUUUGUCAGUAAAAGAAGAAUGUACUGUGACUUGUUUAUAUGAGAUGAGAAGUGCAAUUUUACUUGCUUCUUUGCUUUGCAUUUCAUGCAUCUUUAACAUCAGUCUCUGUAUUGUUUUGAGAAAGAAAAGGUCAGAGAACAUGCCCAAAUCAUCAACAUCAACACAGGAACCUGAACCGUCAUCAACACAGAUGCCUGAACCAUCACCAGAGAUCGAGAACUUAAUGGGUUUCCGUCAUCGAACACAAAUGAUUGACAGUUUGUGACAUUUUUUUCCUGUUAUUGUAUAUUCCUUCAGACUUAACCUUUCAGAUUAAAUCAUGCAUUAGAUAGCAGCAACUAUCAUUUUAGAAAUAAGUGGAGACAAAAAUUUAUUUCAAUAGACAAUUCUAUUCCAGGAAGCAGUGGAUUCAAAUCAAGUUUUAUUCAUUUUAAUUUAUUUUUAAUUUUUGAAAUUAAGAUUAGAUUUAUUUUAAUUGAUACUUAAAAUCAUACAUAUUUAUGGGGUACCAUGUCU